GUAAAUCGCUGUUUUAAAAACUUAAUUAAAGUGCUGCUGCCGGUCUUUAAGGCACCUGGCCGUGUUCGCAUCGAAAUUCGUGUUGUGUGGCUUUGCUCCGAUCGUGCGGUUCUUGCUGAUAAUCAACAAAUGCCAAAAUUUCGUCAAGGCGAAUAAAAAUUGUAUAUGUACACAUGUGUCUAUCCAUGUGUGUGUGUGUGAAGAUCACCAAGUGUGCAUAUGUGUGUGUGCGAGUCUCUGGGCAAAUAAAAAACACAUUUUUUAAUAUUUAACUAAUAUUUGGCACAAAGGCCAGACAAAAAACGGCAGCAUUGGCAUUGAAAUACACCGGAAAAAAAGUUGGGUGCAGUGACCAUUGAAUCCGGUGAACAGUGCUAGAGCCCCUGUAAAUCAGCCAGAUCAGAGGAGAAUCGGCGAAUCGGCACCUGUAGUUAUAGAAUCCGGCUACAUGUCACUAUCACCUCAGCUGAAGCGACAGAAAAUGUCCCAGGGGAAAAAAUUCGGCGAUGGAGACCCAUUCAAUUACCAGGAGCUGAACAUCAUCGGCACAGGUGCCUAUGGAACGGUCUACAGAGCCCGGGAUGUGAUCACCGGGAACAUAGUGGCCCUGAAGAAGGUGCGGAUAUCGCUGAACGAGAAUGGAGUGCCCAUGUCCACGCUGCGGGAAAUCUCGCUGCUGAAGCAGCUUAAUGCCAGCAAUCAUGCCAACAUAGUCAAACUGUUCGAAGUAUGCCAGUUUCUAGAGCGCGAUGGCCAACUGCUGAUCCUCCUGGUCUUCGAGCACCUGGAGCAGGAUCUGUCGGAUCUUAUAGAUAGACUGCCCAAGUCGGGCAUGUCGCCGCCCACAAUUCAGCGCCUCUCGAGGGAACUCCUCACUGGAGUGGACUUUCUGCACUCACACCGCAUCAUCCAUCGGGACUUGAAGCCCCAGAACCUGCUGGUCUCCUCGCAGGGUCACCUCAAGAUCGCCGACUUUGGCCUGGCCAAGACCUACGGAUCGGAGAUGAAGCUCACCUCCGUGGUGGUCACCUUGUGGUACCGCGCCCCCGAGGUCCUGCUCGCCCAGCCCUACAACAGCACCGUGGACAUCUGGAGCGCCGCCUGCAUCAUCUUCGAGAUGUUCAACCGCAGGGCCUUGUUCCCGGGCACCUCUGAGAAGAACCAGCUGGACCGCAUCUUCGAGCUGACUGGCCGACCCACCGAGCAGCAGUGGCCCCAGACUAUUUCAGUGGCCCUGGAGCACUUUCCCCAGCGGCAUCCAAAGAGACCAAGAGACUUUUGUCCCCAUUUGUGCAAAUACGCCGAUGGCCUAUUGAAUCAAAUGCUGUCCUACGACCUCCACCUGCGACCUUCCGCCUUGGCCUGCCUGGAGCACGAGUACUUCCAGCAGGAGCCGCUAUAGCCGGAGACCAGAGACACAUCCCGGGAAGAAAUUCAGGGAGCGAGUGAUCGUUACGGCCUCGGCCUCGCUCCGGUCUUGUUACAAUGUUCCUUUAAGUGUAGUGAAGCAUUUUGUUUAUUUGUCGCGUCAGUCCAGUUACGGGGUCCGGAUGCGGGUCCGGAAUGAAUAAUACCUUAAUAUGUUUGUAGUCGUAAGCUAAGUGUAAAAACAUUGUCGUGUCGUAUAAUUAUUACUGCCGAUCAACUGAUAACCGUUAAAUGUGAAACGAUUCUCGGGGGCGUUUUGAGCCCUCCAAAUCGAAAUGUGAUACACAAAGUUCAGGAAUGCAUUAUACAAUUUCAAAAUUUUGUACAACAACUACAAUUUAUAUAUGCAACUAUAUAUACAGCGUAAACGUA